AUGUUUAGAAAAGGAAAUGAUUCAAUAACUGAUCAAUGUGCAUUAAGAAGCUCUAGCCUGUUAAAGAAAAGAAAUGAGAGAAGAAAUAAAAUGCUUAAUAAUAGAAGGUCUAUAAAAUCAGAAGAUGAACAUGAAGAACAAAACGUUAAUCCACCUCAAUUACAUGAACUUUGUACACAAGUGUUAUCACCAACACCAGAAAUAGUAUUUAAUGCAAUUCACUUAAUUAAAAGUAUUGUAAAAAAGAGUUCUCGUAUACCAGAUAAAUUCAGUGAAGUUGUUAAAGAAUUAUUUACAAAUGGAGUAAUAAAUAAACUUAUUGAAUAUAUUCAAAUAACAAUACCAAAUCAACCUACUAAUGAUAUACUUAAUAUUCUUAUUUAUAUUACUGGAGAUGAUACUGGAACAGACAAAUUACUAGCAUUAAAUAUUAUUCAAGUUUUAUUACCUUAUCUUAAUAAUCAACAAUACUUUCAAAGUAUUUGUUGGAUUUAUUGUAACCUUGUUUGUAGUAAUAUUAUGGCAAGAGAUGAUGUAUUUAAUUUAUCAAUGCCUGUUCUUCUUCCAAUGAUACAAAAUGGACUAGUACCACAAAACAAAUACUUAAUUUGGUUAUUUAACAACUUUUCAUUUCUUUCUCCAAAAAUUAAUUUUGAUUUAUAUAAACCAUGUUUUGAUUAUUUGUUGUCAUGUCUUGCUACAAAUGAUGGAACUAUUAUAUCUGAAAUAUUUAUUUGUUUUUCACGUCUUCUUUCUGAUGAAACUAUUUGUGAAAAAAUAUUAAGUCAAGUUGCUCCUUUAUUAGUUAUUGGAUUAAAAGAAAGAAAUAGUGAAGUUGUUAAAGAAGCACUUAAUGGAAUUGGUGUAGCAUGUGGUGUAACUGAUAUACCAAUUAAUUAUUUUGUUAAACAAGGAGUAUUAGAUGUAUGGAAUGCGAUUAUAAUAGAAGGAGAUAAUGAAAUAAAACAAACAGCUACAUGGUGUUUAUCAAAUAUACUUGGUGGAAAAGAUUCAUCUCCAGCAGAAUUAUUUGUAGAUAAGAAAUACAUAAAAGUUUUAGUUAAUGAAAUCAUAAAUAGUACUGAUAGAAUAUAUAAUGUAGAUUGUGGGUAUUGUCUUAUUAACACAAUUGUUGUUGUACGUGAAGAGUAUAUAGCUCGUAUUAUGAGAACACCAGAAAUAUGUACUGCAUUUGAUUCAUUACUUCGUUUAAAACAUAAAACAAAAGAAAUUAAAAAUACUUUCUUACAUUGGAUGAUUAAAGUAUUAAGAAUUGUAUUAAUUAUUGGUGAAAAAUAUAAGUCAAGUAAUGAAAAUGUAUACGCUGUUAUGAUGGAAGAUUGUUCUGUAUUUUCUGCUUUACAACUAUUAGAAGAUGAUUCAGAAACAACAUUGGAUAAUUGUGAAGAAAUUAAUGAACUUCUUGAGUCUUUUAGUAUUCGUGAUAGAGAGCUUAGUAAUCUUAGUGAAGAUUUUUAUUAUACCAACUCAUAUGAAACAACUAGUUUUGAUUCAGAUAGUGAUAUAGAAGAGAAUUAA